AUGCCAGCAAGAAAUAACCCCAAAUCACAUUUAAUCCGUCGUGGCGUAGGUCGAAAUGAUAGUUUAAAAUCUCCAUUAGAACAUACCAAUGAUACUGCGCACUCGACUACUACUACAUAUCCAUUUCAAACCACCUUGUCCAAACCACUUUAUGCAUUUUGGUCCUCCAACUGGUUCAUUAUUUGCAUGGUAACUGCAAUCGUGCUAGCAUAUAUAUCUCCAUCAAUUGGGCGUACAGGUGGGCCUAUGAAACCUGAGAGAUAUGUCAAACAAAUCGGCACCAUAGUUAUAUUCUGGACAUCUGGAUUAAAUAUCAAACCAUCGCAAUUAAUACGUGCUGCAAGUAAUAUCAAAGUGCAUAUUUUGAUUUCUACUGUUAGUAUGGGCAUAAUCCCACUUUUUGUACACUUUAUUGUAUCGCCCAUGUUUGUGAGGACCAUUCAUUUUCUUGGUGUAACAGUGGAUCAUGAAACGCAUUCACCCAUUGCAGAUACUUCUUCAACUCCACUCUGGAUAUUAGCCAUCUGCAAUGGGUUGUUGGUACUCAGCUGCUUACCUUCACCAGUUGGUUCCUCGGUGAUUCUUACCAAAGCAUGCAAUGGCAACGAAGCCACCUCUAUCUUCAAUAGCACGCUUGGAUCUAUCAUUGGUGUUGUAGUUACUCCAACGCUAGUGCAUUACUAUUUAGGACAUGCUACAGAUCUCAAUAGCAUGCAUUCAGCCUCAAAGGAUUCACAAUCCAUCUCUAUACUCGAUACGUUGAUGCUACUGGGACGAUCCGUACUUUUUCCAUUGCUUGCUGGAUUAGCUUCACGACUUGUGCUGUUGCGGAUUGCUCCGCAAGUGCUAGCAUGGCCAUUUUCAAAGAUCUCUUCAGUUGUGCUACUCUUGAUUAUUCACUCGACUUUUUGCGAUGCAUUUUAUAUUCCAUUGGCUGAGGAAAGUGCGUUUCCACAAAACCAAGUUCCCUUUUUUGGUGUUGUUGUCUUGACCUUGGUUUUGGCAGUGUUCCAUCUUGUAUGUCUAUUUACUGUCAAGAGUCUUGGUGGUGUGCUGCAUCUUUCAAGGGCGGAUACUAUUGCAGCCAUGUUUUCAGCCAGUCAAAAGAGUUUAACGCUGGGUAUUCCCAUGAUCAACCUGCUCUUUACCAAUCGACCUGAUAUUAGCUUGGUAUUGAUGCCACUCUUGAUCUAUCACCCAACUCAGAUCUUGUUAGGCAGUCUCUGUUCCAGCAUGCUUCAAAGUUGGGUUGAUGCUGAACCAGUCUUUGUAGCAGAAAACCAGAUGAAUAAUCACAAGUCAAGUCGAGCUAUAGCUAAAAACAAAAGCGCAUGA